CUCUCUGAAACGUCCAAAUUCUAUCAUCUCUCUAUCUCUUCUUUCUCUCUCCUAAGGGAAAAUAUUAAAAUUUUACAGCAAAACUUCUCUUAAUUUACCUUUUCCUACCUCAUUGAAGGCAACAAUGGCGAAUUCGGCGUCGGGAAUGGCGGUACAUGACAAUUGCAAGCUAAGGUUUUUGGAACUGAAGACGAAGAGGAGCCACAGGUUCAUAGUAUUCAAGAUCGAUGAGAAGAUACAACAAGUGAUGGUGGAGAAGCUCGGCCAGCCCAACGAUACAUACGAUGACUUCGCUGCCUCGCUCCCACCGGACGAAUGUCGCUACGCAGUCUUCGAUUUCGACUUUGUCACAGAUGAGAAUUGCCAAAAGAGCAAGAUCUUCUUCAUUGCCUGGUCUCCAGAUACUUCAAGGGUGAGGAGCAAGAUGUUAUAUGCGAGCUCCAAGGAUAGAUUUAAGAGAGAGCUCGAUGGCAUUCAACUCGAAUUGCAAGCCACCGAUCCUAGUGAGCUGAGCAUGGAUAUUAUCAAAGGCCGUGCACUUUAGUGGACCACCAUUUCCUUCUCUCAUACGCGUUCUUGGCCCUUGGAUCUUUUACAACAUUGAGAUUUCACGAUUUUGAGCAUUGGAUGAACACCUAACAAUGCCCUUCCUUGUUUCUUCCUUUUGUUGUUGUAUUUUGUGUCAUUAAUUCCUUUUGACAAUCUCAUCCGCAUUUUUGUACAAUGAAAAAUGGUUCUCCUCAA